UUUUCACUCUUUCAUCGCAUUGGGGUUAAACCAACAACACAACACUAUUUCAUUUAAUUUCUAAAACCCUUUCUUCUUCUUCUUCUUUCUCUAACCUAACCCUCUGGAUUUGUAGAACCCUAUUUCACGAUGAUAACCGAACCCUUGGAUCUGCUUCGCUCCAAUCUCUCCCGCGUUCGGAUCCCCGAACCCACCAAUCGCAUCUUCAAGCACGAAUGCUGCGUUUCUUUCGACACUCCGAAGUCGGAAGGUGGUUUGUUCGUCGACAUGUCCACAUUUCUUGCUUUCGGGAAAGAGUUUGUCGCUUGGAAUUAUGAGAAGACUGGAAAUCCUGUCUAUUUGCAUAUAAAGCAGACAAAGAAGACAGAUCCCGAAGAUAGGCCUACGAAGAAACCAACUCUCUUGGCUAUAGGUGUUGAAGGUGGAUUUGAUAACAAUGAAGUUGAGUACGAGGAGACUCAUAGUGUAGUUAUAUUACCUGACUAUGUAUCUCUUCCGUUCCCUUCUGUGGAAUUGCCAGAGAAGGUAAGGUUGGCAGUUGAUGCAAUCUUACUAGCUGAUGGGGCUGAACGGAAGGAUCAACUUGCAGCUUGGACUGCUGAUACGAAAAAAGUUAGUGCCUAUGCGAUGAAUUUACAACAGAUUGACAAUGGCGUGGUUAUUCCGCCAUCUGGGUGGAAAUGUGCCAAGUGUGAUAAGAAGGACAAUCUUUGGCUGAAUUUAACUGAUGGAAUGAUGCUCUGUGGGAGGAAAAACUGGGAUGGAACUGGUGGAAAUAACCAUGCUAUUCAGCAUUACGAACAGACAGGCUACCCUCUUGCUGUAAAGCUUGGGACUAUUACUGCAGACCUGGAAGCAGCAGAUGUUUUUUCAUACCCAGAGGAUGACAGUGUCUUGGAUCCACUAUUAGCACAGCAUCUGGCAUUUUUUGGCAUUGACUUUUCAUCACUACAGAAGACUGAAAUGACGACUGCUGAAAGAGAACUUGACCGAAAUACAAAUUUUGAUUGGAAUCGAAUUCAAGAAAGUGGACAAGAUGUUGAUCCAAUUUUUGGACCCGGAUAUACGGGAUUGGUCAACAUUGGUAACAGUUGUUACAUGGCAGCGACUAUGCAAGUUGUGUUUUCGACGAGAUCCUUCAUACAACGGUACUACUCAAACCAAAGUCUAAAGAAGGCAUUUGAUGUGUCUCCCGCUGAUCCAACUGUUGACCUGCAUAUGCAGUUGACUAAAUUGGCGCAUGGUCUACUUUCUGGUAAAUACUCUGUUCCAGCAUUUGAGAAUGAUGAUAAAGAAAAUGUGGCUACCUCAACUACAACAGCUAAACAACAAGGCAUACACCCACAUAUGUUCAAAUCUGUAAUUGCUGCAAGCCAUCCUGAAUUUUCAUCUGUACGGCAACAGGAUGCAUUAGAAUUUUUCCUACAUUUUAUUGACCAAGUUGAACGAGCUAAUGCUGGGAAAACUGAACUGGAUCCAGCAAGGAGUUUCAAGUUUGGUAUUGAAGAUAAAAUUUUGUGUUCAUCUGGAAAAGUUGCAUAUAAUAAAAGAAAUGACUACAUUCUUUCUCUCAAUAUCCCUUUGCUUGAAGCAACUAACAAAGAAGAAUUAGCUUCCUUUCAAAAACUGAAAGCAGUGAAGCUUGCAGAGGGAAAGGAAAUUGGUGGUGAUGAGAUUGUGCGUCCAAGGGUGCCUUUAGAAGCUUGCCUUGCAAACUUCUCUGCUCCUGAGGAGAUACAUGAUUUUUACAGCACUGCUCUGAAAACAAAGACGACAGCACUGAAGACUGCAGGUCUGACUUCAUUUCCUGAUUACCUGGUGUUACAUAUGCGGAGAUUUGUUAUGGAGGUAGGAUGGGUACCCAAAAAGCUAGAUGUAUACAUUGAUGUUCCUGAUAUCAUAGAUAUCAGUCAUAUGCGGAGCAUAGGUCAUCAGACUGGGGAAGAGCUGUUACCUGAUGGAGCACCUGAUGAGGAAGAUUCAAACAAACUUGUGGCCAAUGAAGAAAUUGUCUCGCAGCUUGUUUCCAUGGGCUUUAAUCAUCUACAUUGUCAGAAAGCUGCUAUAAAUACAUCAAAUGUUGGAGUGGAAGAAGCAAUGAAUUGGUUACUAUCUCACAUGGAUGAUCCAGAUAUUGACAAUCCGAUUGCCGAAAGUUCGGAAACUUUGACAAAUGUUGACCAAUCAAAAGUUGAUACUCUAAUUUCGUUUGGAUUUCAAGAAGAGAUUGCUAGAAAGGCACUGAAGGCAUCGGGUGGUGAUAUUGAGAAAGCAACAGAUUGGAUAUUUACCAGUCCUGACGCGUCAGUCUCCAGUAUGGAUGCUACCUCAUCAGAUGCUACCUCAACUCACAAUGAUGUCAGUCUGCCUGAUGGAGGAGGGAAAUAUCGCCUUAUGGGAGUUGUUAGCCACAGUGGAACCUCAGUGCAUUGUGGUCACUAUGUUGCUCACAUUUUAAAAGAUGGUAGAUGGGUGAUUUUCAAUGACGACAAAGUUGGGGCUUCCAUAAGUCCUCCCAAGGAAAUGGGGUAUUUGUACUUCUACGAGAGGCUUAAUGAAUGAAAGAUAUGCUGUAAAAGUUGAACAAGGUGAAUAUAUCAAGGGGCUAUGGACGUUUAGAAUGGCGCAAUGUGAUAGAUAUUUCCCACCCUUGUCUUUGUGGCAUGGUAAACUAUUCAAUCGGCUGUAUCACUUUUUCUGGGUUUACCAGUAAUGAGUUAAUAGACUUUUCAUUCCUGUUUAAAGAACUUGCAUCUUUAGGAAAACAAAUGACAAUGGAAGUAACGAAUAAUCAGUUUUAGUGAAUGUUAUAUUACAUUUUCAUA